AUGGCGAGACCAUUGGCGAAAAUCUGUGACAUCAAUGAUAGCAAAGAACUUUGGAAAGUUUAUGUUCGAGGUGGUGACAUACAUGUUGCUGUUCCUGCACCGCAUGUAUCUCUAUUUUCUGAAAAAAUGGCCUUGGAUCAUAGUUACACUGUUUCCAAUUUUAAGGUUCAGCCUAAUGUUGCGGCUUUUAGACCUUCGUCUCAUAAGUUUAUGUUGAAGUUUACCUCCAGCACAACGGUUACGGAUGAUAACAAGACGGAAAUACCGCCAAAACCGCUGGUGUUUACUAAAUUUACUGAUAUAAUAAACGGUAACUUUAACAAGGAUGUGCUAAUAGACGUCAUUGGUAUGGUGGAAAGUAUUGGGUAUUCUCAGACCACAUCAGGUGCCCGGAAGCAGCAGAUUAACAUGAUGUUGCGGGACGGCGGUGAGAAUACUAUCAAUUGCACGCUUUGGGAAUCCUAUGCUGAACAAUUCAUGAAGUUCAAACAGGAGCGAAAGUUUCCACUGUCCGUGUCAAACACGUUUAAUGUCACUGUGCUUGGUCUGAAUACCGAUUUGUUGCCGAUGAAAGAAUCUAUAGAAAGAUUACAUUUUGUGCGACUGUUGGAGAAACUAAAAUGCUGGUGGCCUCUCCGUAUGGCUGGUAUUAUCGUGGUUGUCAUGCUUGCUCAUGUAUUGCGCGUGGUGAAAAAACCUCCGUUUGAGUGUGAGGCUGGACAUUUCACUGAGGCAGAGAUUUUUAGGUAUAAGAUUGAGAUUGAAGUUACUCAUGUCGGGAAUAGCUGUAACUUUCUAUUUUGGGACAGAGAGUGUGAGCUUCUUUUGGGAUUGUCUGCUUCACAGCUGCGUCAUACAAUGAUUAAGGCUGGCAUUCAUGAUCCAUUGGAAUUCCCACUUGCCUUGGAUCGGAUGUUGGAUCGCAAGAUGGCUUUCAAAAUCAAGUGGCAACCACGGUGA